UUUGUGGCGUGUGCGCGCUUACGCCGGUGGUUGUGAACAUUUUGCAUAUUGAGCUUGCCUGCAAAGAGAAAGCUUCGCCAGCUUUACUUUGCAGCUUCUGAGGAAGCAAUUAGGUGUGUCGUACGAGAUGCGGUCAACGCGCUUCCGUUGCGCGUAGUUGUGUCUGUGUGCGGCGGUGUGCUCAAGACUGGCAUGGUGGGAUGGGCAGCAAGUGUGCGGUGAUGCACCGGCUGCUUCAAGUGCGAAGGAUUCAUGCAAUUGAAAUGCGGAUAAACAUUGCAACGAUAGCUGCCUGAACAUGGCUCCCUUUGUAGUCAGGACGAUGGGACCUCCUCAUGAACCGGUGAUCUCCUGAGGGUCCCCCUUGCAAGAUUAUGAGGUUGUGGUGCUGUCUGGUGGUGAUAGUGGCAAUCAGCGGUGUGUCGGUGCUGGUGCUGCUACCACUGGUUGAGUCGCCCGGGCACCACCCACGGCUGCGGUCACGCCAGGGCGGUGCCUCCCGACUUCACUUUCGUGCUGGCACACGGAGUACGACCAGGGCGGGCGCUUUUGGAGCUGCUGCAGUGCCCGAUGCCUCACGACUAGGGGCAAUCUUCAAUGCAGAGGAUCAGCGGAUCAAGGUGGAGGGCUACCACCAGCACGCCUUCAACAUGCUCAUCAGCAACCGACUGGGCAAGGUGCGCACCCUGCCAGAUACACGCAACCCCCUCUGCCGUAAGCAGGUGUUUGAUGAGCAGUCACUGCCAACAGCCAGCGUGGUGGUGUGCUUCUACAACGAGGCAUGGUCGGCACUGGUGCGCACCGUGCACACGGUCCUUGAGCGCACCCCAGCCGCACUCCUUUACGAGCUGAUCCUCGUCGAUGACAACAGCACAUUGCCUGAGCUGGGGCUGGAGCUGGCUCGCUACGUUUCUUCUGAGCUGCCGUCCAACGUGCGCCUCAUCCGCACGCCAGCGCGAGAGGGACUCAUCCGUGCCCGAAUGUAUGGUGCACGCAAUGCUUCAGGACAGGUGCUGGUGUUUCUGGACAGCCACUGCGAAGUGAACGUGGGCUGGCUGGAGCCCAUGCUGGCACGCAUUGGCGCCAACCGCACCACAGUCACGUGCCCCGUCAUUGACAUCAUCAACGCGGACACCUUUGAGUACAGCGCAUCGCCCAUCGUGCGCGGCGGCUUCAACUGGGGACUCCACUUCAAGUGGGAGUCCCCACCCAGGCUGCGGGGGCCGGGGCACGCCAUCGACCCCAUACCUUCACCGACCAUGGCAGGUGGCCUGUUUGCCAUGGACCGGCGGUACUUCCACGAGCUGGGCGAGUACGAUGACGGCAUGGACAUCUGGGGUGGAGAGAACUUGGAGAUCUCCUUCCGGAUUUGGAUGUGUGGAGGGCGGCUGGAGAUCCUGCCAUGUUCACGAGUGGGGCACGUGUUUCGGCGCAGACGCCCCUACGGAUCCCCAAGUGGCGAGGAUACGCUUACAAAGAACUCACUUCGCGUGGCACAUGUCUGGAUGGAUGAGUACAAGACGUACUACCUGCAGACACGGAGGGACGCCCGCAACCAGUGGUACGGGGACGUGUCGGCCCGAAAGGAACUGCGCAAACGGCUCAAGUGCCGCUCCUUCGACUGGUAUAUGCACAACGUCUACCCGGAGCUGAGGCCGCCCAGCCCCGAAGACCUGGCACCCCCCAAGAAGCGCAAGAAGUUUCCUCCCCCCAGGAACCUUGACCUGCUGCGCCGGAAGAUGCCCACCAUUGUUGGCCGCUUUCAGCUGCAGCUGUCGGGCACUCAUCUGUGCGUAGAGUCCGAGGAUGACGUCACCACCAAGGGCACUGUGUUCUUGCUGCAGGAGUGUGCCAAGGUUAAGCGCCAGCUGUGGUACGAGACAGCGCUGCAUGACCUGCGCUUGGCGCAGCGGCUGUGUCUGGAUGGGGGCGACGAGUACCCACGGCUCGCCAAGUGCCAUGAGAUGGGCGGCUCCCAAGACUGGCGCCAUUCCAGCAAUAAAAGCACUGCCCUGUACAACCUGGCGGCCGGCCUGUGUCUGGGUGCCAAGAAGGCCCGAGCUGGUCAGCACGUCACACUCGAGAUGUGUAAUGACGCCAAGGUAGUGCACCACUGGGACUUCCGCCUGGUUGGUGCGCACUGACGCACCGAAUCCUGGCAGUCACCACACAGAAUCUCAGUCGGAGUGCGUGAGCGAUCCUGUGACAAAACGUACCGGUGUGCUGCAUGUGAUCACGUGGACGUUCUUUGUGAUGACACCCUUCUUCGCCUUUGUGAGGCGUUAUCAGAGACUUUCUGUCCUGAACGUGUUUGUUUAAUGCGUGUUCAAAUUGUGUCUGAAUCUCAGCUGCCUUGCACAGUAGCGUGCGCAGCCUUCUGUGCAGUUGGUGUUCUCAGCUGCCUCUGUGUAGUUGGGUGACUCGUAGGGAUGGGAAGUUGGGAGAAUUCUGCAUUUGAGGCAAACUCACUGCUACUUGCUACUUUGACUGGUACUAGAGAGACACUUAAGUAGAAUAUUGGAUCAGUUAUAGACUGGUGCAGCAUUCGCUCAAAUUUUGCCAGAGAAAGGUUGAUCUUUUAAAUGGAGAAAUAAUUGUGGCCGAAAUCUUUCUUUCUGAAUUUGAAGCCCACACUGCAGCCACUGCAACGCUAUGGGUGUAUGAUUUCUUAUUGUAUAUCGGACCAUUCUGAGCAAGAAAAUGAGACGAGAGUGACCACUUUCAGCCUUUACUUACCCUCGAGUGCAAUAUUAUCUCCUUAUUGAUUAAUAUGGACUAGCCAGGAACAGGCCAUUAAAAUCUAUGGUUUCAUGGGCAGGUGGUUCAAGAAUUUCAAGGCUGCGUCACCAAUUGUGUUUUGUUUAUUUAUUAAUUUUUUUCACUGGCUUUUCAAGCCUCCAGUGUCGGCAAGACUGACUUAUCUGCUGUUGCCAUGUCAAUCUCGCAAUGUAGGUUAUCUUAAUGUUUUGCUCCAGUGUCUCUUAUUGUUUGGGUCUGUGCAGAUGUUAACACCGUUACUUAUUAUUAAUAAUUGUGAUAACCAUCAUGCAAGUUUAAAUGACAGUAUUACUUAGAAUCUGGCAAUAGGCAUAACCAGAACAUAAGAAAGUGCAGAACCCCACUGCAAGCACCCAUAAGUGAACUCUUCCGUUGGUACAGUGAACGUAUGUGUGAUGACGUGUCUUUAGACCCGAACCUUCACUAUUGCAGUGGCUGCUGCCUUAACGUUAACUUAUUUACACCCAUUUCUGACUAGCCUUUUCUAACUGUAAGGAAAAGUAAUUGAUGUGUCUGUAGGCUGCAUAGGGCUGUACACUCUUGAUGACAAAGGAGAUUUGCCUUGCUACUUAUGGACGUGCAAGGACAAUGUAGGCGUCUUACACAGUCGGCCAGCGUGGAAGAUGCCUCACGUAAUUGUUUUUUUCGCAAGCAAUAUAGAUAGCCAAAUGUAAGCCCUCUUGUCUCGUGAUAUCAAUGUCGUCGUGUUUGCGCAUUGCCUCGCGGCCCUCCAUGUGGUCGCAAGCUGAGCUCUGCCCUUUACAGGCAGUAAGCUCUGCAGGGGCUUUCAUUGUGAGCAGCCAAGUGUAUUUGUGGCCUCUUGUGACAACCACCUGACCUGCUGUUGUGACUAAAAGCCCUGACAGCUGUGCCAGUUCAAGCUCUUUAAUCAUGCCAGUUUUGUAACUGUGCUUCAUACUCCGGGCAUGCUCCAGGCAUUAAUCCGUGCAGGAUCUAUUGACUUACAUGCCACCAGUCAGAGACAAAGUGAAACUGCUUUGGUGUAUUGUAGCCUAUUAAGUAUGUUAGAGUGCCCAAAAUGGCAGAUCUGGCUGAGGGGUAAAUUCCUAACAUUAUGCUUUAAGACACAUCUCCAGUGCAAAAAAAAAAAAAAGAAUGUUGUUUAUUUAUUUGGUCUUGCUACAGUGGGCUCAUAGAUCUGUUUUUUCUUCUUGCUACUGCGCCCAGUUAGUCUUGUUGUUCAUAGAGAUGCAAGAAUCAGCAGACCUCCAUGCUGUUUGCCCAUCUCUGUCUCUGGAUUCUUAAAUAUGAGGGCUAUGGAGAAUUUUGCAACUGGCAUGAUUGAAGAACUGUGGCACAGAGCAUGUGAAAUGCUGCCUUGCUACAUCUGGGGUGUUUAUUAGUGGCUGGCCAGGUAUCCGUGUAUAAACUGCCUCUCCACAUUGCUUGUGGGGUAUUUCAAGUGGUGAAUCUCAUGCUCUUCCUCCAAGGGUCUCCUAAAUGUGGCAUGCAUCUUUAGGUACAUGUGCCUGUUGCGAAAGUGAUAUACUAAACGCACUUUAGCAUAAGCUGAAAAUUUGGUGGGACAUGUGGAGAAAGCCGGCUACAUGCUUUGUUCUGGUGAGAAUAACGAGUUUAGUAUGUACUGCUACCUAUUGGGGAUGAUGAAAACUAAGUCUAGGUGUCAUUAGAUCCAUCAUGUGAUGUUAUAGAAUCAACAAAUGUUCACCCUGAAAACACCCCCAUUUAUGUCCCCAAGGUGGUGUCAUGAAUGUAAAAUUUAUUCUCAAUUUAAGGGAUUGAUCUGUCAUAUAUGAAAGAAAUUAAGGAGCUUGCUAAAAUGAGUGGCUCUUCUCUAAGCUUAGAAGUUUUACUAGGAUCAUGUGCCUGAGAGCAGCCAGUACUUGAGGCUAAUCAUGCAGAUCACACUGUGCUCACUUCUAAUUUCUCCUUUGCUGCUUAUAACCGAGACUUUAAUAUAAUUGUUUGUGGUACUGCGGCUUUGUUUUUUGUUUCAUCGUAAUUGAAGUGUUUGUUUUGUUGUUGUUGUUUUUUUCACAUCUGUACGAUCGGUUUUGUAGACGGUCUGGGUGCUUACGUAUCUGUUUGGCAUUUUUCAACUUUACUGUGCAAUCUCAAGAGUACGGGUGUGGGGCUGGGAGAAUACAGGGGCUUCUCUUAUUUUUGACAAAGAAAGCAAUGUACCUGCUUAGUGUUCUGCAGACUACUGGUCAUCUGUACUUCCCAAAACUAUUGGAGCGGCGAUGAGAGACAUUGCAUUGUAGUGGAAAACCCACUUGUCGUGGCUGAGGUGUUAGGGUGCACUGCUGUCGGAGUUGCAAUGUUGAAACCACAGGAGGUGCCAAAAUAAUUGCAUCGUAUAUUUUGGUGCCUUGACAUUCAUUGGUACGUCACAAAAUGAUGCCGAGAACCGCAGUGCUUUCUACUGACGAUAACAUUGCUUGUAAAUCUGCUGCUUACAUUGUUUUGAAUGGGUGUAUGCAUGGAAGCAUAUGUACAGUGGAACAUCGUUGAUAUGAUCCGGUUACGGUUGAUUUCUUGGCACCAACGUGUACGAUCAAGAACACAAAAGAUUACCGAAUACCGUUACGCUUCUGUUUUUAUGCUUAAUGCGUUCCCGGAAAAUACGUUCUUUCGGCACCAAUGUUUAGUACAUCACCAAACUGCAAUUGUACGAUACGUAAACAAGAAAAGGCGUAAACAUGUAACAAGAAAAGGCGUGCGCGAUCGAGAACAGUAGUGGCCUGCCCCAGCAGCUCCCUCGCAAUACUCGCCCGCCCGUCUCACGCGAGAACGCCGGCACGCACUCAGUUUUCUAUUAUGGUAGCACCUAAAUCUCCUCCUGGGUUGCCGUUCGCCACAUUCACAGUCAUCGCCGCCAACCCGAUUGCGAUGAGCAUUUUCACCUAUCUGUUUCACAGAGCGUUGGGCAUAGUGCCGUUGGAAGUUGGAAAAUAGGUGAUAAACCUAAUACGCGUCGCCGUUCCAUGCUGCAGCACAAAGUGAGCAUCAUGUUUCACUCUGGUGGCAUCGUAGGCAUCAUAUUUCGCCGUCAUCCACCAGCUUCAUUUCAUCUCGGGUCACUCAGGCCCCAUGAGCCUGACGCGCGUCGGCGUCUUAUGUCACAACGAUUCACGCCAUGUGAGUGCUUCGAAACUUCCUGCCAUAAUGCCCCACUCGAAGAAGCGGCUUACCCAGGCUGAAUUUGGAGAGCGCAAACGUAAUCUUGGCGAAGCCGCAAGAACGACAAUGCCCGUCUCGAAUUGCUCAAGCCUCACUAGCUGAACACGCAUUGUCAUCUCCUGCUGCAACAAUUCGCACAACGCUUCGCAUUACGUAGAUGUAAACUACAGUUCAGUGUGUCAAAUGUUUUAGUGAUUUUGGAUUGUAUGUUUUGCCGGUUAGUACAUUCCUUUCGCAUUUUUCUUUAAAAUUUAUGAACUAGGUUCUACUGUAGUCAUUUAAAACUACAUUUUCUUUGGCUGUGUAUGACACUGAACGAAGGCUUUGAGUGGUCUUUUACCUAGAUUUUACUAUCUGCUUAGACAUGUACCACUCGUGGCAGGUCACAUUGUAGUUACAGUGUUGUGUGUCACUCAAAUUCUGGGUCACUGAGCAAAGGCACUGCACGAAACAAUGAUACGUAGGUUGCACAGCAAUACAGGAUUGAAUCACGGGUAAUGGAUAGCCUGUAUCAGUUAUUUAUCUACCAUCUGUGGUUUGCACUUAUCUGAGAAAAAGGGUUUGCAGGCCAUUACUUCAGUAUAGUAUAUAGUAAGUGUGCGCCAGUCCGGGUCUUUUAUUCUGUUGUCCGUGUCUUAUUUUUUGCGCCUAAAACCAUUUCUAGCCAGCAGGUUUAUCAAAGCAGUUACAGACGGAUGGGGAAAUAUAGGGUAUCGUAAAGCGAAAAAAGUGGAUUUCUUUGGUGAAAUUCUCACAUGUAAAGUGAUUUAGCCAGAGUGUUAUGCUUGGGACUGCUUCGAAUGAAAACAUUACCACUGCCUUGGCCAUGGUUGUUUGUGAUGCCCCUCGUCUUAACUUUUUCGUUUGAUUCUACCGACCACGAUUCCUUAACAAAUGGCAGGUAGUGCUGUUCUCAGGCCAUCUCCCCACUGCAGAAUAAGUAUGGGUAAAGUAAGAACCUAGGUGGCACAAAAUCCCAGUGAGGGGAUUGACGCAUUCGCGGAAUUUCCUGUUACUUCCAACAUCUUCAUCUUUUGCCACAAAUUCCUUCCCCUUGCAGUGAGGAAAUAAUCCGCUUUUGCGCAGGCCAUAUCACUUUGCAAGUGCAUAUAUGACACCGUGCUAACACAGCAGACUAUGGCUGUUUAGGGGGACAGCAUGCACUGGAGGGGUUAUGCUCACUGGUGACGUAGCAGAGGAGACUUCUACAUUAGUCUGGCUUCAUUCAUCAAGCAAUGUAGCUACCUUGUAAAGUUGUCUGUCCAUCUUGCGCUCAACAUCUGUAAAUAGGUGCUCUCCAUACUGUACGAAGUAGAUUUCAGCAAGCUCAUGCAAUUAAUACAAAGUUGUGACGGCUGGAGUGCAGUGAGGUAUGGUGUGGCAUGUUUACUGUAGUAUAGCAAUUCAGGAAACGAUUGACGGUUACUAGCAAAAGUGUGAAGACCACAUGUGCUGCGAAUAAAAAAAAGAAAGUACUUUCCAUCGUGAACCCUUGGUGUGUGGCCUGAAAUCAAGUGGUACGUGUGCAUGCAUGUUCCAUCAGUGAGGUGCGUGUCUGAAUUUCAGGCUACAUAGCCCCACCAAAAGCCACACCACUGUUGCCUCCAAAGUUCUGCCCACUAUGGUACAAACAUCCUCCUUUUACAAAUCACUUUCCCACUUUUUGACACUCCGCGAAAUCGCUCCAACUACAGAAGUUUUCCUAGGCAUCAGCUGUUGUCGAGAGGAAAUUUAUUUCUCAACCAAGAAAAUUUCUGUGCCAAAGUCAUGCCCGAGCACAAGCAGACAGCAAAGCACCCUUUUACAUUUGCUUGCCAAGGCAACCUUAGCAGCACUGUGCACAGGCAGCUGCCAGAAACUCACAAGAAACCAUUGGUGAUGUCAUGGACAGCACCUUUAUGGUAGCAGAAUUGUCAGGUGGGCAAAUUAUGAAACUGUCACAAAGGUCCCUGAGCAAGACAUUGCUCUAAAACUGGGUGUGUCAGUCGAGGUCAUAGGUCCCUAUAUUGAAAGACAGUAGCAGUAGCGGGGUCCUUUCUGCCGCACAUGCUAGCAGAUAGGAGCUUGGAAAGCUGCAUGCCAUUUUUUUGUAUGCACAUUAGUCGUGUUUAUUCGAAUGUUAGCACUGCGUUCAAGUGUCACUUACAUUACGGUAACAGCAAAUAUUAAUUGCAGAAUUGCAGAACAGUUGCAAAGCCUCUUUGCUGAUAAGACUGUGACAUUUUUCUUAGUGGCUGCAGCUAAGAUCGACAUCAGUUCAUCCAUGUGUGUGCUCUUACAUAUCAUUGCUCAUUCUUAAAAUGCAAGCCUUUGUUGUGGCUAUGAUAGACUUCCUACUGCGCCAUCUGUUUGUGAGCAGGCGAAACUCGAAUGAUUGCUUUGCUGCACCGCAUGUCUUGAAUGCAUGAUUUAUUACCUUAGCGUUACCAGGUUCAAUUCCCCGCGGCAGUUACCGCUUUUUAACAGGGGAAAAAUGGGAAAAUGUUCUUUCAUCUAGCUUUAGUUGUACGUUUGAGCACCCCAUUUAUUCAGAAUUAUUCUGGAGCCCUCCACUGCAGUGCUUCAGACUUUAACUGGCUAAAUAACUUAAUUUGGUGCCUUGGCAUUGAUGCCAUGUCUGAUAAACAAAUGAUUUGCUUUGUAUCAGGGGCAAGCAUUCUCCCAGUAUAGGUCAUAUACUGAUCAUAUGAUUUAAAAUAUGAUAUCGGCGUAUCUCCUCCCUUUGUUGAUCAAUUGGGAUAAGGAAGCAAAGCAGGAGAAUCAGAUUUACAGAGAAGCGCUUAUUCUUAUGAGUACAACAAUAUGAAGCCAAGGAAAGAAUAAGAGUUUUCGUUGCUAAUUCUGCACUUCAAUUAGAAACAGGUAGUUUUCUGAUGCUUUCCUUGACUUUAUUUUUAGUCUAUGCACACUGAAGGCGGUGUUUCAAGGGCAUAUUGCCUUCUCAACUCAGCCUGUUCCCAUUUGCUCUCACGAAUGUUCUUUGUGAUGUUGAAAAGCAUUGCUCAAUUUGAAGAUCAGCUUAUUGCGAGUGAGUAGCCACAGAGACCUCAGGGUCGGCAUUGCAGUGUGGCGCAAUGGCAGGCAGCAGUAGCGUACUUCUAGUCAUAUGCUACAGACAUCACGGCAGCAAACAUUACAACGUUGUAAGCUCCAACAAUUUUGCACAUUUUCCCAACCAUGCGUGUCGGGUACCUUGCACAUACAUCAGCAAAGCACAUACGCCUUAUACGCUACUGUGUUUGAUUCAGAUUUUGCAAAAUAUGAAAAGCUUUUCGUGGCGUCAAUUGCAAAUUAUAGUGCAUUGUACCGUUCAGCUUGUUCAAGGCAUUUAAUGGAGUUAGUUGUUUAGUAUAACAUUAGACAAAAUGCCUGUAAUCACUGUCACAAAUAAAGUGUUACCCAGAUUUGCCAGUACGAAUAGACUAAGCAAUCAUUGUUUACCUAAAUCAGUUAAAUUUCCCCAGGUGAAUUGAAUUGUUUUCCAAGGUUUAUGAUUAGUUCCUGUAGAGGAUCCCGGGAUAUUAAAGCCCAAAAUCACAUUCAAGUCAAGUUCAUUCUCAACCAAGUGAAUUAAUGUCGACCUAUUGAGCAUCAUUCCUGUAGUGGUGAAACAACCACCGUGCGUUCAGGCAAAUUGCGUAUGAUACUUUGUGGCAAUGUGCCAAUGUGGGCCCAUAGUAGGUUUGGCAACAUUUCCAUCAUGCGUUGCCCAUAACCAGGCUUUGCAGUCGCUGAAACCACCGGCAAACUGCGAUAAUACAUGACCCAUCACCAGCAUUCUUACCUACAUGAGCUGUCAAUGAAAACUUGAUGUGUUCCAUUGUUUUUCUUUGCUGUAUGUUCUGACUGCUGUAGUAGCUGCCAUGCUCAUCAGCAAGAUGUUCACAGCUGUGUAGCUCCUUCCACAUGGUCAGAUUGUUAAGUGGCUUCGAGCUACACAUUCACUGAAAUGUGGAGCUUUUGUUUUAAAUGAGAAGAACAGCCUACAGGCCGUCACUGUCAUUGCUUAACGCAACAUAGCAUUGCAGUCUGUAAGAGCAGCCAGUUCUCGAUCGCUUUACGUAUUUCAACAACCUUCAUUUCCAAAUCAUGUAGGGAGUUAAGAACUCACGCAGUAUACCAUUUUAACUCGGAUAACAUUGACCCUUAAGCUCAUCCUUUAGGUGAAAUACCCUGCUUGUUUUUGGCUGUCUUUAGAGGAGCCAUACCACUAAUUUGUGCUUGCUUUGAAAAGGCUGUUUGCUUUGCUAACCACAAUUUGUCUGGUUGCUCAUGUUAUAGUGCACCGUGCAGUGAAUCACCUGCUUAUGUUUUUUCUGAAAAGCCCAAGCGACCACUGUAGUUACCAGUACUACAGUAAUUACAUGCAUCAUUCUGUUUGCCAUCAUGUCCUUUGAUGAGCGCAAGAUCUCAUGAGCCAUGACAUGCUUGGCGGAGGACAUGUAACCGCACCCCUAAUCCAUGUAACAAGCAACAGGUUUCUCUUUUUCAUUUUCUUUCUAAUGGUUAUGAAAUCGUCCCAACAACCAGGUGUGCUUUACCAUGCUGCUGCUUUCCACUUCUAAAAUAUUACAGUGGUAGAUAUGUGUUCUUUCAAUUAAUGUUUAUAUGUUUUUGAUAUAUUUCUACACCACAAAGCGUCCUGCAUUAGACAACCUGUGUAGUUGCUUCAGGCAUCUGCACGUAGGUUGUCUAAAUGUUUCUUCUCAACUUGUAACAGUUGUAAAGCACUAACGGUAGUGUCAAAGAAUUCUAGUGCAUAAGUAUUUACUUUAAUCUAAUAUAAUUGUUACCGCAAGGCCGGUUUCUGGGUUUGAUAUUGUAUACAAUCAUAGCAAAAAGUCAUUCCAAAGAGGCAUCAAGGUAAUGGCACCCAGAUGCUAUUUUAACUGAAACAAAUGUAUGCAUUCACCUUGUGAAGAAUGGGACUAUACUACAAAGAACUAGAAGGGAAUAUAACUAUUCCACCUAUAAAUACAUUAUUUCCAGCCAGCUUGAAAAACAAAAAAAAUUAUGAAGGGCCAUCAAGCCCACCUUUUGUCACCGUUAACAGUAAAAGCUGUUUCCCGCCUUGGUUUCCACUGAUGUGCAAGGUUACAUUAGCAUCAAGGUAAUCAUAGCAACAAGCCAUAGCAACGAGCCUUAAAAGCAAGUUGUUGCUAAAGCUUAUUAGGGCAAGGGAGAGAGAGAUUAAUGUAACCUUUCUACUUCAAAUGAGGCAUUUGAAUUGACAUGAAGUAGACAAGAAAAUAAACAAAAAUAGGAAAGUAAUUAAAAAUCUGGAUAAGCAAACAAACUAAGUCCAGACUGUGUAAAACAUACCGUAAAGCCUCGUUGUUACAAAGUUGAAGGGGGGAGCCAUAAUUACUUCGCUAUAACCAUUACUUCGUUAUAUCCAUUAUUGCAUGUACUGCUAUAUGAAUUUCUGCGGGAUUUCAAGGGUAAUUUCACUGACUUUGUUAUGCCCAUUAUUUCGGUAUAUCCCAUUUCAUUAUUGCAAAGUUUGACUGUAUAGGUAAAAAGCCAACAUUAUCAAGGGUAGCCCUGGGGUUCUGCUUGGAAGCGCCUUUGUAAAUUUUAUGCAUUCAAUAAAGUACACUGGCACUUGUGUUGCCAUUACCACACCACUGAUGCCUAAAAGCGAACUACAGUGAAAUUUCUUACUGCAUAAAACAAUUAGAUUCCCAAACGGUAUUCAUAGAACAGUUUUCUAGGUUAAAAAUACAAGUGGAUGCACCAUGAAAAGCUUUCAAAAAUAUAUUUUUUUGACACCUAAAUUCCUUUGUAGAAAAUACUGUCAUUACCACUCGGCAGAAAUGAAGCAGUAUGUGGAACAUUUACAACUAACCUGAAGAAUGACCUCUGAUAUUGGCGCUCUUUGGCGCC